GGCAGUCUUGUAUAUAUCAGAGCAAUGUUCCCCUCAUCCAAGUCCUCAGCACGGAUCUCUGUGGGUCUCGCAGUCACCGGCUGCUCCUCACUAGCCUGAAGAGAAAAGCUGGACAGAUCCAGCCUGCACAGAGUUUGGUCGAAGUCAUCCUCCUGGACUUCCUGCCUGCCUGGUGAAGUGGAUGCCAGGAGGGAUUAUAGCUCAGAAGUAGGUCUGACUCGGUCCAAACGGAGGGGCUCUACAGUGUCUGACAUGACACUGCAACGCUCCGCAUCUCUGACGGAGUCAUUUACUGCAUCUGGCAGCAUUUCUAACAGUGUGUGAGACUCACGUCUGAGUAAAGGGCAGUCCUGGUGCGGGGCGUUGUUUUUUUCUUCUUUUUUUUUCUGUCCUGUGAAAACUCCAGGCAUCAGCACUAUCCCUAUCACAGGUAGAUAAAGGAGGGCAUGCAUCAAACCAAUCUGGGGUUUGAGCCUGUUGUGUCUCAUAAGCCGACCUGUGAGGCAUAAAUAAAGAAACAUGCCACGCAACGUGGUCAAGUCCUUUCUGGUGAGCCUGUCUCGGAGGAAGCCCAUCGAGCCCGACGGGGAGCAGUCCACCUUCAACCGAUGCCUCACCACCCUGGACCUGGUGGCCCUCGGAGUGGGCAGCACCUUGGGGGCCGGGGUCUACGUCCUCUCAGGAGAGGUGGCCAGAGACACGGCCGGACCCAGCAUCAUCAUUUCUUUCUUCAUCGCGGCCUUGGCGUCCAUAUUUGCCGGACUGUGUUACGCAGAGUUUGGAUCCCGGGUUCCCAAAACGGGCUCYGCCUACCUUUACAGCUACGUGACGGUCGGAGAGCUGCUGGCUUUUAUCACCGGCUGGAAUCUGCUGCUCUCUUAUGUCAUAGGAACAUCCAGUGUGGCCUUGGCGUGGAGUGGGACAUUCGAUGACCUCAUCGGRGGGGUCAUAUCCAAGUUCUUUGAAGAAAAUGCAGCCAUGGGCCUCCCUGGCCUGGCCCCUUACCCAGAUGUCUUUGCAGCUUCUCUCAUCAUGAUACUCUCAGGCGUGUUGGCGUUCGGAGUAAAAGAGUCAACGACUAUCAACAAGAUCUUCACAGCCGUCAACAUCUUGGUGCUGGUCUUUGUGACCAUCUCUGGCUUCAUCAAAGGGAACAUUUCCAACUGGCAGAUCAGUGAGGAGGCGCUGAUAAACGCCACCGCAGAAUACAAAAACCUGAGCUCUACGGUCAACGUGACGAGCAUUUAUGGAGAGGGUGGAUUCUUUCCAUACGGUUUUAGCGGAACCCUGGCUGGAGCUGCAACCUGUUUCUAUGCAUUUGUUGGAUUCGACUGCAUUGCAACGACAGGUGAAGAGGUGAAGAAUCCCCAAAAGUCUAUCCCUGUGGGCAUUGUAGCAUCCCUCCUGAUCUGUUUCUUGGCAUAUUUUGCUGUGUCUGCUGCCCUCACGCUGAUGAUGCCCUACUACAUGCUCAAUGAAAAGAGCCCCCUGCCUGUGGCCUUUGAAUAUGUGGGCUGGGGUCCUGCCAGAUACGUUGUGGCUGUGGGAUCACUCUGCGCCCUUUCCACCAGUCUUCUGGGUGCCAUGUUCCCGAUGCCCCGAGUUCUCUUUGCCAUGGCAAGAGAUGGACUGCUGUUCCAGCCUUUGACCAAAGUCACUGCUAAGGGCAGUCCUGCAAUAUCUACUAUAGCAUCUGGAACUGUUGCAGCAAUCAUGGCCCUCUUGUUUGAUCUGGAAGCCUUGGUGGAGAUGAUGUCCAUCGGUACUCUGUUUGCUUACACACUGGUGGCCAUAUGCAUCCUUAUACUGAGGUACCAGGCAGAUUCAUCCAAAGACUCUGAUCUACAGAUCAAUAACUCAACCUCUAGGUUUAGCUUUUUUAAACCUCCAUCGUCUCCCAAUUCUUCAACCGCUCGGACGGUCACAAUCUUGACCGUAAUCUCUGUUGUGGUAGUGGUCGCUCUGUGCCUCACCUUAGUUCUGGCCAUAGGUCCUCUGUCUCGCAUGGAGGCUUGGAGCAUCACACUCGUCUGCAUCUUUGCCCUCAUUCUUCUGCUCAUCGUUGUUUUUAUCUGGUUGCACCCACAAAAUCCUACAAAGGCUUCUUUUAUGGUACCAUUACUUCCUGCUCUGCCUUUAGUGAGCUCAUUCAUCAACAUCUACUUGAUGGUGCAGUUAGGAUCAGCCACGUGGCUACGAUAUGCUAUCUGGAUGUUAGUUGGGUUAGUGAUCUAUUUUGGCUACGGCAUCUGGUUCAGUGUCCAGAGGAAGCGUCUCCGGACCAACCAAACACCCAUUGAAACAGUCAGCGGCAAAACAGAGAAGGACAUCGAAAAAGAACAUAGAUUCUGAGCUCAGACGGAGUGAAAACAUAUUAACUCAGAUGUUACACUGAGUACUUGUUCUGAACGUGGAGCUGCUGUCCUCCAUGUGUCCAAGCUUAUCCAUCUCUAAAUGUUUGAGAGAAAACCAAGCGUGCGGAGCAGUGACCUUACUUGGUAACAUUUUUUUAUAAACCAAACUGCAACUUUUUCACAUCUUUGUUAUGUAUCCAUUUCUCUGUCAUAAUCUGAAAACUUUGAGAAACAACCUACACGUUUUUUUAGACAUUUUAUAAAACAGGGUAUGGUUUUUAAAGUCAUUUUGCACAUAUUUAAACGACACUAAAUUGUUUAACAUAUUCUAGCUUGUAUGUUGCCUUUCACAGAAACUUUUAAUCUGCUKCUGGAAUAACCACAGCUGUAAAAUGUGUAAAUAUACUUCAGUGCAUUUGGUUAAAAUAAUAACUAGAGGUUAUCUGAGUUCAUUUAAUUGAUUUAAAUUAUUAGACUGAACAGAUAUGAAAAGGCUAAUUGAAGAACUGUAUGAUGUAUGUAAAGUUGUACUGAUUAUUUUGUUUUUGAGUGUAAAUAUGGAAACUUUUACAUGUUUGCUAAUUUUGUGGCUAUAUGUGUUUUCUUAAAUUAAAAAAAAUCAGUCGAGUUUUACAGUG